AUGCCCCUGGGCACGCAGUGUUGGGUGCUCCUCACACGUGCUCCCUCCCAGCAGCAGCAGCUGGCAUCCCAGCACCCGCUGCCUGCUGUGGCCGUGCUGGCGUCGGGCAGCCCCAGCAUCGAGCUCUCGCAGGCCCCCCUCGUGCUGGGCGGGCUGCCUUCCACCAAAGAAGAGAUGGUGGACACCGAGCUCCCGCCAGCCAAGCAGCACUGGUAUGAGCGCUACGUGCUGCCCUGCCUGGCCGAGCUGCUGGGCAGUGCACUCUUCGUCUUCCUCGGCUGCCUGUCAGUUGUGGAGGACACGAAUGACAGUGGGAGGAUGCAGCCGGCGCUGGUGCACGGGUUGGCCGUCGUGCCCAUUGCUGUCGCCCUGGGAAACAUCAGCGGAGCUCAUAUCAACCCAGUCGUGUCCCUGGGCUUGUGGCUGGUCGGCGCCAUGAAACUCAUCAUGCUCAUCCCCUACUGCAUUGCCCAGCUCUGCGGAGGGAUUCUAGGGGCCGCCCUGACAAAGGCUGUGGCACACAGUGGGAACUACGCCAACACCACUGGAGGGGCCUUCAGCAUCAUCAGGACAAACGGGCAGAUUGGUGCGGCGCUGGGCAACGAGAUCAUCCUGACCACAUCCCUAAUGCUUGUGAUCUGCAUGACUGUGGUCAAUGGGGAAACCAAGAGCCAUCUGGCACCUGUCUGCAUCGCCCUGACGGUCACCAUCAACAUAAUAGCAGGGGGUGGUAUAUCCGGACCCUGCAUGAACCCUGCCCGAGCCUUUGGGCCAGCUGUAAUAGCCAACUACUGGGACUACCACUGGGUAUAUUGGGUUGGGCCUCUGAUCGCCUGCGUGAUCUCCAGCUUGCUGAUGAGGUUUGUGAUCGGUGACCGAGCGAUCCGCCUGUUCCUGAAGUGA